AUGUUUAAAUCUUUGAAAUCAUCAAUAACUUCGACGUUAUCACCUGAUACUCAAAAUAAUGGCAAUGAUUCCAAGACUAACAAUAAUAAUGGUGAUGAUUCAUCGACAUUAGAAUUGAAUCAAGAGAAAAGAGAAGAAAUUGUUAAAAAUUUUAGAAAGAUAUUGGGAGCAGGGAACGAAAAAUAUGAUAACGCUACAUUGAUCCGAUUUGCAGUGGCUAAAAGUUUUAACUUGGAAAAGGCAAAACAACAACUUGAAGAGGCUAUGAAGUGGAGAGAGAAACAAAAAAUAGACUCAAUCCCUUUACCAGUUCUAAACCCCGGUACACCGUUACUUUAUCCUAUACGUGGACUUGCUCCUUUCAUAAAUGAUACAAAUGUAGAAAUUGUUAAAGGUGUUCCUGACUAUCUUCCUAGAAUUUAUAAAUAUUUUGGUGGGAAUGCUAUUCAUAAAAUUGAUAAAGAUGGAAGAAGCGUUUAUAUCGAAAGAUUGGUUUAUUUAAAAUAUACGAUCAUAAUAACGCUUGACCGUGUUAAAAUGACAUCUCUUAAUCAAUUAAAGGGUUAUCAUGAUGCUAAAGGAUUAGCCAAGUAUAUUAAAUCAGAAGAAUUAGUUGACUGGCAUAUCAGAUGUCAAGAAUUUUCACAUAAAGUUCUUAUGCCAGAAUUAAGUAGAAGAAUUGGAAGGUUGAUUGAUAAGGAAACAGUGAUAUUUGACUGUGAGGGGAUGGGAUUUCAUCAACUACAUAUGCCAGCGUUAUAUUUGUAUAGAACAAUAGCAGAGAUAGAUCAAAGUUAUUAUCCGGAAAGAUUGGGCAGAUUAUUUGUUGUCAAUGCACCUUUUAUGUUUGUAAAAAUUUGGGCAUUGGUAAAAAAAUGGUUGGAUCCUGGAAUGCUGAAAAAAGUUCAUAUAUGUGGAAAAGAUUUCAAAAAUAUUUUGCUUGAACAUAUCGAUGAAAAAAAUUUACCUGCAUUCCUAGGUGGAAAAUGUACUUGUUCACAUUUAGCAGGCGGAUGCGUUCCAUCAGUAGUUUUGGGAAAUAUUCCAUCACUUACAAAAGAUCAAAAUUCAUUACAACAAACACUUCCAUCAACAUCAGCUCCACCUUCACUUAUACCCCUUGAAUCCAGGAGAGAUGGCUACAAUUAUAGAAUCCAGAUUCUGAAAGGCGAUUCUAAAACUUAUGAAGUUAUUAUUACACCGUCAACAGAAGACAAGGAUCAAAUUAAUGUAGAAAUUGCUUUUAGAAAAGUUGAAGGCAAGGGCAAACUUAAAUUUCAAGUAAAAUUUAUUAAAUUUGGUGAUGAUGACGGUGACCGUUCUGAUGAGUCUAAUGGAAAUACAAUUAUGGAACCCGUUACCUUGAAGGAAGAAGAUACUGAGAAACACAUAUUUGAUUUCAAAGUUAAACAUAAUGAAACUGGAGAAUUUCUAUUAACAUGGUCAUUUGACGAAUACAGUAAUUCCGAUAAUUGUAUCAUCGAAUAUUUUGUAAAAGUUGAUGAUAAUGAAUGA